GUUCACUGUAAAAUGUCCGUCUCACCUUGGCUGAAGUCUCCAUUCACGGACCUUACAGCUGGGCUCAUAAGUCACCAGUGGUACGGUGAAUGCGCCGAUAUGGAAAUGAAGGUUUUGGAAUGUUUUGAAGCUUAUGGUCUCGACAAAGGGCUGAAGAAAUGCGAUUUGUUGAUACAGGAUUUCAGAGAAUGUUCUUUGAGACAUAAGCAGAUGAAGAGAAUGGUGGCUAUGAGGAAUGAAAGGCAUCGCCAAGCUUGGAAUGGGGAAAGAAGCAAAGAGGAGAAGUAUGCCAAAGGGCCUGCACCUGAUAGUUAUUGAACAUUGAUAAUCCAGUGUACUGUAGAUUUUUGUUUAUAGUAAAUAAUGUAACUUGUCUGAUUUUA